GGGAGGCGGGCCGGGCAGCAGCAACGCAUGCGCAAUGCCCGCCGCGGCCUCGGCCGCCAGCACUUCCGGCCACCGCCUGCUUUAAAGGGGCCGACCGUUGAAGCACGCGGCGCUGUGCUGCUCCCUGGUGGCCGCCGGCAGUAUCGCCUUCGCAGCGUCUCCCGCCAGCCCAGGACACGAGUUGCCGGCGGGGGUGUCACGGCGAGGUUCGCUCUUCCCCGCUCCCAGCAGCGAGUCGUGGAACGUGCUACCGGGCAUCUCCCGCCGCCCCAAGUCAGCCCCGGCGGGACCGCGGGGACCUCCCACGGCCGGCCCGCCGAAUCCCUCACUGCCCCCGCCGCGCCGGACGAUCGACUGACAAUGAGGCAGACCAAUGGUGGCGCGGGGUCGGGCGGCCACAGCCAAUGGUCGCGGCAGGGCGGAGAGGGGCGGGGCCGGGGCGGCAGCCCUGCGGAGCCGCGGCAGGGCCGUGGCGGCGGCGGGAGGAGGAUGCGGGCGGGCGGCGGGGCGGCCCCAGGGGCGCUGGCGUUGGCUCUGGUCCGCCGCUGCCUCCUGUUCGGCCCUCUAGGGCUGCGCUCGGCCGGUGCACAGGACGGAAACGGCUGUGGCCACACACUGCUGACACCUCACAGUGGCACUCUGAGCUCCAAGAACUACCCGGGCACGUAUCCCAACCACACCAUGUGUUGCUGGCAGCUCCAAGCCCCCCCAGGCACCUCCCUACUCCUGGCAUUCGGGGAUGUGGAUCUGGAGCCCUCGGAGCACUGUGCCCACAGCUCCUUGCUACUUGCUGACCCCCAGACUGGUGCUGCCUAUGGGCCUUACUGCAGGAACUCCGUCCCUUCUGCCCCACUCCUGGUGACAAACUCCAGCACUGUGACCGUCCUGUUCAACAGCACCAGCCACCGCUCGGGACGAGGCCUCCUCCUGUCCUAUGCCACCUCACAGCACCCAGACCUGGUCUCCUGCCUGGUUCGAGGCACCCACUACACCCAGGAGCACAUCAGUGUGUACUGCCCUGCGGGCUGCAAGGACAUCCAUGGGGACAUCUGGGGCAACCCAAGCCAGGGCUACCGGGACACAUCGGUGUUGUGCAAGGCAGCUGUGCACGCUGGAGUGAUUGCAGAUGAGCUGGGCGGGCAGGUCACCCUGUCCCGGGAGAAAGGGAUCACGCUCUAUGAGUCAGCCUUUGCCAACGGGCUCCACUCCAAAAGGGGAUCUCUCUCCGAGAAGCGACUCGUAUUCCACAAAGCCUGUGAUGAUGUGCUGGAGGUAGCCGCCUUCAAUGCCUCGUCCUGGUGGCACGAGGUGGAUGUGCUGGGCCAGGACCGAGCCUGGGUGGCCGAACGGGCAGGACUCAGCACCAGUGGCCACUCCUGGGCAGCUGAACCUGGCGCCAAGACUGCCUGGCUGGAGCUGGACCUGGGCACCCGAAGGAAUGUCACAGGCAUCAUCACAAAGGGUUCCUCCGAGCAGCACGACUACUAUGUGACAUCCUACCACAUCUCCUCUAGCCGUGAUGGGAAGAAUUGGAGACCCUACAGAGGCAGCAGUGGUCAGGAGGACAAGGUGUUUGAAGGAAAUGCUGACAGCCAUGGGGAGGUCUCCAAUGCCUUUAUCCCCCCCAUAGUCGCCCGCUACAUCCGUGUCACACCGCAGAGCUGGCACCAGCACAUGGCCCUGAAGGUGGCCGUGGUGGGCUGCCAGCUGGCACGGGUCCGCGCACCUCGUCCCUAUGUGCCCAGUGUCCCCAAGGAGGUGCUUGAACCCACCAGCCACCCAGCCAGCCACACCCCCAUCCCUGGCGUCGCCCUGGACCCGGAGAAGGCAGGUUCCACACUGCUGGUGAUGCUACUUAUUGGUGGCUUUGUGCUCCUCUGCUCCUGUCUCCUGCUCCUGGCUUUCCUCUGCCACAGGAAGAGGAAAUCGGCAGUGGAACUGAACUGUGGGAUCACAAAAGGGUACCCCAAGCUGGAGUUGAGCCAGGUCUGCUCCCUGCAGAGCCUGCCAGCCUCCAGCCUGGCCUCCUUCCCCAUGGCCCCCAAGCCAGGGGACUUCAGCCAGACCCAUUCACCAGAGUACGCUGAGCCAGACCUGGUGCAGGUGAGCCCCAGCAGCCAGACAGGUCCCUCCACCUUCAAGCCACUCCUGGAAGAAGGCUAUACUCUGCCGCUGGUCUUGAGCCACUAUGACGUCCCAGGAAAGCACCAUGAGUACGCGGAGCCACUACCACCAGAGCCUGAAUACGCCAUGCCAUUCAGUGAGCUGGAGCCUGCCAGGCUGCGCCACAGCACCUGCAGCAUCACAGGGCCUGCCGGGUGCUCCGCAGCGCAGUACCAGACCCCUGCCCUGCAGCCCGGGGAGCUGCCAGCGGGCAUGGAGCGGACUGGCAGCCCCUAUUCUGAGGGGCCCCGUGGGUGGCCCAGGCAGUGUCCCCUUGCACAUGUGUACCAUGAAGCCUUGUGAAGAGGGGAGCACAGCAGCAUGAUAUUGCGCGGGGGGAAGGUGUGUAAAGGAGGAACUUCCCUGCACUAGCAGAGAAGCCCUCUUAAAGUAAUCCUAUGUAAAUAUAUGUAUUAUAUAUAGAAACACA